CUCCGCUGGCUGAAGCGCACCACAGCUUUUCGCCGAAACAACAUCAAACGACAGAGACAGCGUGUCCUCACUGCCGCAUAGCGCAACCAGCACUUGCGACCCUCACACCGCGGCAACCGCCAUUUAUCUGCACCAGCACCAGUAGCAGCACCACCACCACCCGCACUCACCACCACCCGCACCAACACCAGCACCAGCAGCACCAGCAUGUCCACGCCCGGCGACGGUGCGCCCGACACGCUGUCUGGCCGCACCCUGGACGACCUCAACCUGGUGGUGGCCUCGGCGCGGCGCCACGCGGACGAAGCGGCGGCGCUGAUGCACAAGCGCGGCGUGCUGCCGGGUGAGGAGGGUGGGGAGGGCGACCCCGACAGCGAUGUGGGUCGGCUGGAGGACGACACGCCCCUGCGCCGCGCCCAAAACACCGCCGACCGCAUCAAGCAGCAGCAGCAGCAGGACCUGGGGGAAGGGGGAGGAGGAGGAGGAGGGGGAAGCCUGGAGGGUGGUGAGCGGGACGUGCGGGCGGCUGACCAGGACACGGCCGGCGGCGGUGGCGGCGGUGGGCUGCUGGCGGCGACCGGCCACGCGCUGGCCUCCGUGUUGGGCAACUUCUCAGAGGCCGCCAAGACCGGCAUCGACUCGGCUGUGGGCGCCCUGUCCGCCCCCGUCCACGACCGCCACGAGCACCAGGGCGCAGAGGACAAGGACACGGGCGGCGGCGGCAGUGGCAGCGGCGGCGGCGGCGGCUUGCGGGUGCGUGACCUGCUGGGUGGCCCGCAGUCCGACACGCCGUACCCGGGGGACAUGGCGGACGAGCCGGUGCAACUGGAGGGCGGGGAGCAGGACGCCUCCUCCCAGUCGACCCCGCCCGAGCCGCAGCCCGGCCGCGACAUCGUCAGCGAGGGCGCCCGCGGCGGCGACCCGGUGCCGCACGUGGCUCAGUCGGCGGCGCGGCGGCGGGACCCGGCCGUGGUGGCGCCGUUGGAGGGAGGCGCGGCCAGCACCGUGCGGGAUUCGGGCGUGAUGGUGAACCUGGGCCCCACUGCGGGCGGCGGCGCGCGGGCGCAGGGCUUUGGCUUCCAGGGUCCCGAGGGCGACAUCAGUGUGGCGGGGGUGGCGGGCGGUCUACUGGGGGCCAUUCGGGAGGCGGUGGGGGCGGUCACAGGCCGCCACACGGGAGAGGCGGCGGUGGGCGGCAUCGACGACCUGGGCGGCGGGCGUGUGGUACUGACGCCGGUGGGUCGGGGCGAGGAGGUCGGUGAGGCGGAGCGGCUGCAGCGGCUGAAGGAGCAGAUGGUCGGCAUGCCCGGGAGCAUGCCCAUCGACCAGGAGAUUCGCGAGAUGAAGGAGGCCCAGGCCGAGGAGCGGGUGGCGGCACUGGCGGCUCAGCGCGAGGCGGUGUCGGCGGCGUCACGUGACAUCAUCGCCGAGCGACACCCCGAGGUGGCUGAGCGCAUGCACAUGGCCACCCACCAGAACCCCAUCGCCGACGGCCACGGCUGGGAGCAGCAGGAGCGAGAGCGCCAGGCCGCAGCAGCAGCAGCAGCAGCAGAGGAGGGCGGCUGCCGCGGCGGCGGCGGCGGCGAUGGCGGUGCCGGCGCUGUUGGAGAGGAGGGCAGCAGCGGCGGUGGCGGCGGCGGUGGCGGCGGCGGGGGACUGCUGAGCUCACUGGUGCACACGUUUGAGGACGUGCUGGGCAUUCGGCACGGCGGCGGCGGCGGCGGCGGCGGCGGCGGGGAGCGGGAGCGGGAGGGGGAGGAGCGUGGCCGCGGCACCGACGUGCAGUCCCUGCAGGCCGACCUGCCGCGCGCUCCCGUACCCACCGGCACCUCGGCCCUGGAGGCCAAGCCCGCGGGCGGGCCGGAGGCCAAGCUGGCCAUUGGCGUGCCGCCGGCGGCGGAGGCGGACGCGGAGCGCGGCAGCGUGUCCCUCAACACCAAACAGAGCGGGCGGGAGGUGCCGGCGGGCGCGCUGGGCUCGACUGUGACCGACCCCAGCCAGCACAACCAGUCGUACGCGCCCGACUUCAACAAACCCAACUUCUUCAAGGAGGUGGAGAAGCGCGGCGUGGUGGACGUCCUGCGCAGCGGCGCCGCAAGCCUGGCCGCAAACGCCGAGCACGCCGCGGAGGAGUUCCGCCACGGCGGCGCGCCCGCCCCCGGCGCCACCACCGCCGGCUCGGUGUCUGACACGCGCGACAUCAGCCGCAACGUGGAGCGGGCGGCCUACCUGGCGGCGGCGGGCGAGGCGGCGGACCCCCUGCAGCGCCGGAUCUACGACGCCGAGACAACCAAGAUCGCUCCGGGCAAGUCGCAGGCGGCGGAGGACAAGCGCAGUGAGGCUGAGGCGGUGAAGGAGGCGAACAACGCCAUGGUGCUAGGCAAGGACCGGCAGGUGAGCGGCGCGGUGCCGCACGAGCACCCCCAGGGGCCGCACCCCCAGGGCCCGCACCCGGCCCGGCCGGUCAAGGCGGAGGCGGGCCAGAGCUUCUACGGCUCCAUGGGCACUGGCGGAUCCUAGAGGUGAGGCCGGCCAGAGGACGGACCCGUCGGCUCGUGAUGAUGAUGAGGCUCCGGCGGCGAAUUGCGAGGGCGGUUGCAAGGGCCGACAGCAAGCAGCACGCUGCUGCUGUGGCUGCUUACUUACGCGGCUCGCAGCUGGUAGGACGUAAGAGGCGGGGCAGCAGAAUAGGCGGGCGGGGUUUGCAGCAGUCGUAGCAACUUGUACGACGUGGGUGGUGCGGUGUUUGGGUGAGGGCUAUGGAGUUGCAAGACACGCGCGCUGUGGGUGUGCAAGGCAUGGGAGUAGAAGUAGGCUACUGGUAGGGACGGACACGAGACAGAACACCGCAUGCCGUGUGGGAUAGAUGUUGAGUUGCAUACAGGAUCAAGCGUGCGCAGAUGCAGGCACGCAUGUGUAUCCGAAGUUGCUUUCGAAGGGCUUUGCUACGGCGGCCCGUUGCUUGUAAUCGUGCACGUAC